AUGGAUGCCGCAUCCAUAGAAAGUACGGAGAUGAGUACGGAGGCUGACGCCUCGCAUGUAAUGGAUGAUUCUGCUGCAAAUUCCGAAGAUGGAACUGAAACCAAAAGCGCACAGGACGCUUUUGGGGGCACAGAUUUUCAGCUUAAUACAACUCACGACGAACACACAGAAAACGAAUUUAAAUCGCCGAUUAUCAUCCCACUUUCGCUUUUGACGUCGACGUCGAAAAAGAAACAUGAGAUUUCAGAGAAAGAAGAGGAGGUAGUACAGCAGUCAUCUAAAUAUACAAGUUCGGAUGCUAAUGCUGAAUUUGACAAUAAGUAUAUAAAUUCAGAAGCCCUGGAAAACAAGGAUACUGAAGUGCUGGCAAACAAAUCAUCCGUUUCCUACGAAGAACCAGAAUGGAGUGGCAAGCCAGAGGGAGAGUAUAGUUUUGAUGUUUUGAAAAAUGGCAGUAUUAUUGACACGGUGUCGCUAAAAACUCGAUCGUUUUACGUGUUUGGCAGACUUCCUAGCUGUGAUGUGACCUUAGAACACCCAUCGCUGUCUAGAUACCAUGCCGUGUUGCAGUAUAAUUGCAUCUCUACCCCUUCUCGGGAAAAGGGUUGGUAUGUUUACGACUUGGAUAGCACGCAUGGGACAUGGGUUAAUAAAAAGAAAAUUUCUCCAAAAGUGUAUCAUCGACUCAGAGUUGGUCACAUUGUCAAGUUUGGAGGAAGUUCUAGGCUACAUAUACUUCAGGGACCUGCAGAAGAUAUAGAAGAUGAAAGUGAAUUGACAGUCACAGAGCUGAAGGAGCAGCGUGAGAAACUUCAGAAGGAGACAGAAUUACUUCGACAGAUAGAAGUGCAGGAAAAAUUACAGAGGCAAGAAGCAGAGCAGAAAUUAUUAGAGGACAGGGGUUGUGGCUGGGGAAUAGAUGAAGAUGCGGAAGAAGUUGGGGAAGAAAACCCAUAUGCUACUUUAGUUCCAGAGAAUGAAAGCUUGUACAUUGAUGACCCAAAAAAGGCUUUGAAGGGAUUUUAUGAACGAGAAGGAUGUGAUCUACCAGACUACCAGUUUACAGAUGGAGGCAUUGGCAAACAUAAGUGCAGACUAGAGUUACCAGUGGAUGGACCAAAUGGCGAGGAACUGGUUGCUGAGGCAGUGGUAACCGGGAAGAAAAAAGAUGCUGUCGUAGCGUGUGCGUUAGAGGCAUGCCGAAUUCUAGACAGGCUGGGCUUACUUCGUGCAUCAUCCCAUGAGAGUAGGAAGCGGAAGCAGAAAAAAUGGGAAGAUGAUGACUUCUAUGACAGUGACGAAGACACAUUUCUGGACCGGACAGGAACCAUCGAGAAGAAGAGGUUUAUACGGAUGAAAAAUGCCGGCAAAUCUGAGCCUGAAACUUACGAAUCCCUGCUUGAGAAGUACAAUACGGUAGCAAAACAGAUUGAAGAAAUAGAAGGCAAGCUGCAGAAGGCCAAAGAAGAGGCAGAUGCUAGAGCGUCGGAAGAAAUGGAUGAACUGGAGGCAUACAUGGUGUCCAUUAAGGCAGGAGCCAUGGACACAAAGACUCGGAUUCAGUUAAAGGGAGAGCUGCUGAGACUGAGGGCCGAGGAGCAGAGGCUGAGGAGGUUGGUCAACAUAGCCAAACCUGCAUCAUUACCUCCCCUCAAACCAAGCAUAUCACAAACUUCCCCCAACCCAACCCCGACCGCAGAUUCCUUGUCAAGGAAACUUCAUGCUCAGCAAAAGCAACAGAAAAAGCCAACAUUAGUCAAGAUACCAUCAAGAGUUCCAGUUCAACCAGUCAGUUUUGAAGAAGUAGAAGAGGAAGAGGAGGAGGAGGAAGAGGAAGACGAUACAAAAGAGGCAAAGUGUGACCAGCAAAAGCCAGUGAAACCUCAGAGUCAUCUCCCCGCUCCUAAAACAGAUGAAAGCUUAAAUAGUUCAGGCAAACUUAAACCUACAGCGCAGUCUGCCAGUACAUUUAAAGGACCUUCCCGCCCUCCUUCAGAGGAGACUGAUACCAGGCAUGGUAGAAACUCUAAACCUCCACACCAUCUUUCAACGGCCGCUGUUUUAAACGCACUGGAAAAAAAGCAGAGUGCCCAGAAAGGAAAGCCUGUUACAGAUUCUAAAUUUGAACCCGCAGAUCCUGACUAUGCAAUGUGGCUUCCCCCAGAAGAACAAUCUGGAGAUGGUCGGACGAGUCUCAAUGACAAGCUGGGCUACUAA